AGCUGUGCAGUGUGUCGCCGAAAGAAGGUCAAGUGCUCAGGCAGCUGUCCCUGCGACUACUGCCGAAAACGCGACCUUGAAUGCCACCUUCCGCGAUCACGCAGGCGCGUCUAUUCAGUUGAAUAUGUCCAAGAGAUGAAAAGCCGCCUGGCUCAGUAUGAAAAAAGCAAUCAGGCGCAAACGCCCUGCGUGCCAGCUGGAUCAACCAGGCCCAGUGGUGCUGACAGAGUGUCCAGCGCAACUGGCUCGCCUCAUGAUUUUGCAUCUGCUUCAUCAGCCCCACCGCCGGUCACACGCGACAGCCCUGUUUAUGAGCCUCGACAUUACAGUUCAGCUCCCAACUCUGACAUGCGGCAGGAUCAAAAUGGUGAACCAUCGUUGCCUGAGUGUAUGAUCAUGAUAGACACGCCUAUGAGCUCCACCCAUAUUUUCGGGUCUCGUAUCCAAGACAUGCUUAAUGAAAGUCCCAGGGGGCGCGAAAAGAAUUUAAUACCAGCCGCAGAGAAGAAUACAGGGGCAUCCAAAGGAACAUCUCAUUGUUAUAUUGCGCCAACCUCUACCACCGCCAGUCCCGAGCUUCCGGCGCGAGAGGACGCUCAUCGCUUACUCGAAGCAGUGGACUUUUUCAUCGGGCACACCCAACAUUAUUUCGAUAUCCGUGAGCUCGCAGAUCAUGUAGAUCUUUUCUACCAAGGGCAACUUUGUUCAUCACCCACAGGAAGGCUUUUCCACCUGAAAAUUCUCCUCGUUCUCGCCGUUGGCAAGCUUAUUCUAGGUGAAUCAGACGAUUGCUCCUUGACUCCGGGAAACUCUCUUUUUCUUUCGGCUCAAACACUGCUUCCAAACCUGAGUGAUCUUUAUAAAUCCGAAAGACAUGGUGUCGAGGUCCUUGGUUUGGUUGCUUUCUAUAUGCAGAGCACAAAUCGGAAAGACGAAGCAUACCUAUAUAUCAACUCCGCAUUGCGACUUGCGAUCACUCACGGAAUCCAUCGGAUGGGUGACGGCAGUGACCGGUUCCAGUCGGAAAAGACUCAUCUAAACCGUCUCUGGUGGACCAUCUACGUGAACGAGAAACGUCUAGCUGCAGCAACAGGGAAUCCAUCUAGCACCAACCAUGAUUUCGCCAAUCCGGAGAAGCCUCAAAAAGCCUUUGGAUUUGUGCCCGCCUCUCCCCUCCGGCUUAAUAUUGUUAUUGCCGAAGCGACGGGUCGGAUACUCAAUACUUUAUACCGAAGGAACGGCCAAACGGAAGCUGAAGUAAUUCCUAACAUCCACUCUAUUAUCCAUGACCUGCAAAGAAUCUCGAGGGAAUUGCCUCUGGGUUUUCCCAAAGCUAUAAAUAGUCUAACACCCAGAUUAUCCAUGAGGACAUCGGCGUCCCUGCAUCUCAUGCUUUAUCAGCAGGCUAUCCUACUAACAAUCCGUCCGAUCAUGUUACACGUCGCUCGACUCAUUCUUCGGCGCAACGAACCAAUCUACCAUUCUUCGAUCACGACAUUUUCUAUUGGCCGGCUUUUCUGGACUGGCACAGAGGCUGCACGCCGACUCCUGGAAAUAGCAUUGGUCUUGAAGCGGGAAGGCAUUCUUGCAAUUUUCGGAUUCAUUGACCUCGACGCCACAUUUUCGGCGGCAUUUGUCAUGCUCUUGACCGCGAUCUUCAAUACGAUCUCUGACGACAAUGACCACGGUCAGGCCUUCACGCCGUCCCCGGGCCUGUCAGAAGCUCUGGAAGUGCUGCGCUAUCUGUCUAACCGUGGAAACCCUUUCGCCAUGGAGCGGCUCCGGGAACUUGAAAAGGCCUGG